GUUUCGUUAAACCAUCUGGAACACAAAGAUGCUUCUCAGUGGAUAAUAGGUAACAUGACAAAAACCGGUUUUGUCAUGUAUCUUCUCUGCUCAACCUAUGUUAUGGAAUCAGAUUCCAAAAGCUUAGUCUAUAACUUUUAUCAUAUAAUAAUCUUUCGUGUUAUUUCAAAAUCUCGUGUUUUCUUGACCACACAUUUCACAGAACGUUCCAUGUCGGGAAAGCCGAGGCAAUGUUGUGUUGUGAUGCGGAUUAAUUUGGAUUGCAAUGCCUGUUGUAGAAAAGUAAGAAGAAUUGUCAUCAAUAUGAAAGGGAUUGAUACACACAUGAUCGAGAAAAAGGAAGACAGGAUAAUUGUCUGUGGACGAUUUAGACCGUCAGAUGUUGUAGUAAAACUGCAGAAGAAGAUGAAACGGAGGGUCGAGAUUCUUGAAGUUGAAGAUCUCACCGGCGGAGAAGAAGGAUUCCAUGACCAUGAGCCACCAUACGAACCGGAUCAUGAAUAUUCCGAACAACAACCUGAUCACAUGACCAUGCCAUUCUUGUUUUAGUUUCCUUAAAGUCGUUUGGUCCUUUUAUCCACCAACAUGGACAUGGAUAAACAUUUGUAAAAAGCAUUGGAAGAAACACUGCGUAUGUAUACAAAAGUGAUACUCGUUAUUAAUGAAAUGUUCAGUAUGUUACUUUUGUC